AUGCGACUUUUGCGGCGCGUACACUUGCGGCUCAGACAUUUGCGGCCCAGACACUUGCGGCUCGCCCCUAUUUUGACACUUGCGGUCCCGACACUUGCGGCUAAGAAAUUUUCGGCGCAGACAUUUGCGGCUAUCAACUUGAGGCCCAGACACUUGCGGCCCAGACUAUUGCGGUUUUGCCAUUUGAGGCUCCCCCCUAUUGUGACACUUGCGGCCCGACAUUUGCGGCCUCGACAUUUGCGGCCUCGACAUUUGCGGCCCUGACAUUU